CUUAGGAAUUGUACUAUAAGGGGAGAUAAUUUACUGUGAUCAUGUGACAGGCCACAGGAAAUGGAAAAAUACAAAUAGACGAACACCCACAUCUAGUCAUUUAUACAUCAAAAUAAUAUCAUAAUGGAACCAGAGAUGAAUGGUCCAGUAAAUGGGGAAUCCCCUAGCAAUGGUCCAAGGCUUUGGGAAAAAUCAUGGACCAUAGAUGAGAUGAGGAAGAGUGCCAACAACUGGUCCCUUGCUGGUGAUGCUGGGUUACUUCACCAUUUACAAGACUUUUCACAACAAAUGAUCUCCAGAGUGCAUGAGAUUGGAAAAGAGGUGGAUGGCCUUCUUCAUGACACAAAGAUGACAGGUGUUAGAGUACACAAUGUUUUCAAUGAUUUCAUUAUGUUGGCCAAUACACAGUUUGUUGAAAAUAGAGUUUAUGAUGAAGAUGUAAGCAGCGAGGAAACAGCAAAAGAAUCAAACAAGGAAGAAUCACAGGAAAAGACAAGAGAACAAAGAGAAGCAGAAUUAAUACCAAAAGUAUCGGAAGCAUUACAGUUGGGGAUAAAAGUAACAGAGGAUGCAUUUGAGGCAUUGGAUUCUAAUGUUGUAAAUUCUGACUCGGAAGAUGAUGACGACACAAAUUAUAGGGUGGAUCCUAUAUUAGAGGCUAAGGAUCCAUACAUAAACAGACCACUACCAUACCUAAUUGGUACUCCAAACUUUAUGUCCAACGAAGAUGUUGGACUGGAAGAAGAAUCGGAAGAGGAGGAAGUUGGCCAUGGUGAACUAAGUGAAAGUGAAGCAGAAAAAGAUUCUUCAGAGUUCUCUUCGUCAGAAGAUGAAUCAGAAACUGAGAAACCUGUUUCUAAACCAAGAACUGGAACUGACAUGACUGAGUCAUCCGAGUCUGAAUCAAGUGAAGGAGAUUUGUUUGAAGCAAAGAAGGAGAAAGAUAGUGAUGAAAGCGACGAAACAGAAGAAUCUGAUGUUGAAGAUGAAAAAGUGGAAAAUGAAGAUUCUAAAGAUACAAAGGUUGGGGGAUUUGCAGAUGAGCUAGCAUCAAAGUUAGGAAUAGCACCUCCAGUGGUCGCUGAAGAACACAAAGAAAAGCAGCGAUCAGAAUCUGAGUCAAGUCAUAAAAAGAAAAAACACAAAAAGGAAAAAGACAAAGAGAAGGCCAAACCCAAAAAGCAUACAGAUGAUGAUGAUAUGUUUCCCACCUCAAUACAAGAAGAUGAAGAUGACAAUCUCUUUGCACCAAAAGGAGGCUUGUUUUCUACUGGAAAAGGAUUGUUUGAUGAUGAUGACGAAGAUGAAGGAGGCCUUUUUGAUGAUGAUGUUAAGAAAGAAGAGAAACCAAAGAAGAGAGCUGAUUCAAGUCCAAAGAAACAACAGAAAAAAGAAGUAGAAUCUAAGAAACCUGUAGUAAAAUCUGGUGGGGGAGGUGGCGGACUGUUUGAUGAAGAAGAAGAUGAUGACGAUUUUUUUCCCACAGGUACAGAAUCCAAGAAAGAUGUUCCAGAAAAGAAGCCAGCCAGUGCUAAGUCUGAUUUGUUUGCUGAUGAUGAGGAUGAAGAUUUGUUUUCUUCAACAAAGGAAAAAUCUGAACCCGAGAAGAAAAAGAAGAAAACAGAGAAAAAGUUGCCUGCUGGAGCAGUGUCCAUGUUUGGUAGUGGACCUAAUCCCUUAGCUGCAGCCAUUAAAAAACAAAGAAAGGAUUCUGAUGAGGAAGACAAUGAUUGGUCAGAUGGUGAGAAGUCACGUUCUAGUAGUGUCAAAUCAAGUAGCUCUUCAACAACUUCAACAAAACAAGUAGACAGAUUGAAAAAAGAAGGACGAAGCUCAUCUAAAAAUAGCUUGUUUGAUGAUGAUGAUGCUGACGAUGCAUUGUUCUCUGCACCAGCUAAACCUCGAGCAGACAGUAAAUCAAAGGCCAAACCAGCAAGUUCUUUGUUUGCUGAAGAUGAUGAUAACGACCUAUUUGCAAGUACAAAAAGCACUGCUGGAAAGGCUGCAUCACAAAAAAAACCAGUUGAUUCAAAGGCCAGAGCUGGAUCCCUGUUUGAUGAUGAUGAGGAAGAAGAUUUGUUUGGUGUACCAGCCAAACCAAAAGAAAGUGAAAAGAAGAAGCCAGUUGGAGGUGUGUCAUUGUUUGGAGGAGCAGAAAUCCUAAAGAAGAAAACAGAGAAUGAAGUCAAGGAACCAGAGAAGAAAGCAGAACCAGUAAAAAGCCCUCCUACCAAGACCACUUUGUCAUUGUUUGAUGAUGAAGAAGAUGAUCUAUUUGGAGAGAAACCAGCACUGCCAAAAGAAACAAAGGUUGAGAAGAAGACAGAGAGUCAAAAGAAGAAUAAGAAUUUGUUUGAAGAUGAUGACCUUUUGUUUGGUGAAGAGGAACAACAGUCACCUGGUGUGGACAUCUUUGGAUCUCCUCCAAAAAUAAGUGAGAAGAAAGGCAGUAUAGUAUCAAAUGAAGAACAAUCAAGUCCUGUGACAGAGGAAAACAUGGCUACCUCCCCACCAAAGAAGAAACCAGUAGGUGGUGUUUCCAUGUUUGGUGGUAUGGAUCCAAUGGCUGCCCUGAGAAACAGAAAAAGGUCAGAAAGUUCAAAGGAGAAAGAAGACUCUAAGUCAGAGGUCAAGGUUGAGAAGGAGAAGCCUAAAGUCAAGGUUGAGGACAAACCAGAGGUAGAAGCUGAUGACAGACCAGUUCCUCCUUCACCUCCUGCAGCUGGUGACCUGUUUGAUGAAGAUGAAGAUGACCUUUUUAGUGUUCCAAAAUCAGGAACAAAGAAAGAUAACAUUAAGUCUUCAUUAAUACCUGAUGAUGAUGAUGAUGAUGAUAUGUUUAGUAUGCCAAAGCCAGCAACCAAGAAACCAGAGACAAAAUCGUCAUUAAUACCCGAUGAUGAAGAGGAUGAUAUGUUCAGUUCAACUUCCAUAACAAAGAAAACAUCUGUGAAAGAACCAGUCUCUGUUGAUAAGAAUGAAAAUUCAAAAGAUGAUGAGGAUGAUUUAUUUAAUUUGAAACCUCCAGCUUUAUCUGUGGAACCAGUCAAACCUAAGAAACCAGUAGGGGGUGUGUCAAUGUUUGGUGGAAUGGAUCCUAUGAGUGCUCUGAAGAAGAAGCAGGAAAAAGUCUCACCUCAGAAAGAUUCUUUGUUUGAUGAUGAUAAUGAAGAUGACCUAUUUGCACCUAAAGAGAAGAAGGUCCCUGCAAAACAGGAAACCAAGCCAGAUGUGUUGUCUGCUGCAUCAAAGAUGGAUUCCAAGCCUGUGGAAAACAAACCAGAAGAGUUACCUGUCCCUGUGAAAAAGAAGCCUCCUGGAGCUGUGUCCAUGUUUGGAGGGGCUGACCUAUUUGGUGCAAAUAAAAAAAAGACUGAAGUACAAAAUGAAAAAGAUGGAGAUAAUACGGUCAUGUCAUCUCCAGAUUCAGAUGAGCACAAAAAACCGGUAAACGUUAUAGCACCAAGUUCUCCACCAAAAGCUGUUGGGAAAAUAGGAAAGUUACAGAUGAAUCUUGGUAUCAACCCUGCAGCAUUGUUACCAGGUGCAGCCCCACCUAGUGAAAAACUAGAAACUGAGGUUAUCGGGUUUGAUAAGCCAGCAGAGGUUAAAACAUUACAAAGUGCAAAUAAGGAUAGGGCCAAAAUACAGACCAAAAGAAGACCACCAAGUCGUCACAGUAGGCAUUUCUCACCAGAACCUUCCUUCGACACUAGUCCUCCUCCAGUUAUUCCUGAAAAUGAUCGAGUCCCCCGUCCGACCUCUGACCUGUUUGGUAACGAAGACAUGUUCAGCACAUCACCUCCAAAACCUGCUGCUGUACAGCCUAAAAUCAACGAGGAGGACUUGAGGAAGACUACACCUAUAAAAUCAAAAGAAGAUACCCAAAGUGCAAUAAAUGACAAAAGUGAUGAUAUUUUUUCAUUGAAGUCGGAAACAAAGAAAGGUGCUGAAUCCAAUGACAUUUUUUCAAAGCCAAAAGAAACAAAGAAAAAUGAUUUAACAAGCGAAGAAGAUAUAUUUUCAACAAAACCUAAAGUGCCAAAAUCAACUAAUUUCGAUGAUGAUUUGUUUUCUGCAAAAACCCCUGUCCCCAAAAAGACAGAGAAGAAAGAAGAUAUUUUGAAUGAUGACCAGGAUAUUUUUGCAUCUAAAAAGAAAACAAAAAAUAAACAAAAAACAAUUUUUGAUGAUGAUAAUGAUAUAUUUGCUUCAUCUUCCAUUAAUGACACAGCAACUACACCAACCCCUGCUACUGAGCCACCUGUAACCACAGCAACCAAAAGUGCAGAUGAUAAUAUAUUUGAAGAUUCAUCUUUAAAUCCAAAAAGUGCCAUUCCAAAGUCAACAGAUACAAAGACAACAGAUUCAUCCAAAAAUGCUAUUGACGAAAAUGCUGAUGAUUUAUUUGCCUCAAAGACAACAAAGAAAAAAACAAAAAAGGCUCAGACAAAAGAUGAAGAUUUAUUCCAAGACGACACAGAUAUCUUUGCUGAUGUACCAGCAGCAAAGCCAAAGGAGAAGAAAAAAAAGAAAACAACAGCAGCUACCAAAAAGAGCAUAUUUAAAGAUGAUAAUGAUGAUAUUUUUGCUGAAGCAUCACCAACAACUAAACAAAAGAAAGAAAAACCUAAGAAAACGACUACAACAACUGAAGACAUUUUUGAUGAUCCAUUAGCAUGAUGAUCGCUAUAAAUAGAAACAUUGUUAUAUAUAGUGUUGAUUGAACACUGUGAUUAUUUAUUGAUAUCUACCUACACUUUACAGAAUUUAAUGUUAGGGGUGCACUCCAGAAAAUUAGGAAUAAAGGAACCAUAAUUUGACACAAAAUUGGCUGUAAUUUUACCUUAAUAAAAUUUUUUCUUUGUUUUUAUGGCGGAACAGGCAUCAGGUCUGAAUCAGUGACAGCUUUAUAAAAAUGGGCUGAUAAAAAUUCAUCAAAGUUCAAAGUUACUCUUAUUUAAUUUCAGGAAAGUUUUUUUGAAAACCUUAAAAUCUUUCUUCAGCAUAAUCUAGAAAUUAAUCAUGUGACCUGAAAAAUAGGUUAGAAUAAAGAGACUAAAAACUUUUACUAGUUCUAUUGUGAGAGAGACCUUUUAUGUAAUUGUUAUGUAUUUUGAUCAAACGAGGGCAUAAUUUUGUGAUAGUAUUGAAUAUGUUAAAAAUUUAUUAAAAAAUAUUAAACCCCACUUACUGAAGCCGCUGUUUAAAUUGACCAUUGCUAUCAGUUCAUAUGCUUUUUGUAUUCUAAAAUUUGUCUUUACUGUAGAUUUAUUUAUUUUUGUGGGUACCAAUUUUUGUGGAUUGAGGAAAUAUUGUAUAUUCGUGGGUAUUUUAUUUCGUGGGUUUGGCAUGGUUCGCAUAUAAGCCCGUAGAAUAUUUGUACUUCUUUGAAUCUUUAAAUUAGUUGUUCAGCUGUAA